UCUUGGCCUGUUUUCCUAUCCUUAUGGAGUUGAAUUCUAUUUAAAAACCAUUUAUUAACUUCUACUGGUCCAAGCAAUGUGUGCAUGUAUGUGAGGAGUGGUAAUAUUUACAUACAAUGUUUGGAUAAUACAAACUCCUUGGCUCCACGGGUAAUUUGUAUAAGUCUUGUAAAUUAUCUAAGCUUCCUUUCAGUUCUAUGUCCUGUGAUUUCCUAGGCCUUAAGCUCCAUGAGGCCAGGGCUCAUAUAUAUUUUCUGCCAAAACACUGAGCUUUUUGGACAAAUAUGUGGUUUUUUGAUUGAAUUGACUUCAAGUCCAGCUCCCUCUCUGUGCCUCAGUUUCCUCAGCUGCAAAAUGGGCUGGCCUUAGUAAUUUUCUAAGCAUCUUAUCAGCUCUGAAAUCUGUGGGUAUGAAGAGCUUAGAGGACUGAGGCAGGGGUGAGAAAUGAAAAAGGAGGAUGCAGAGGGGUCACUAAGUGUCUUAAUGAAAGAAAGGACAAGGCUUUCUAAACGGAAGGGUCUACUCUGGGAUUCUGAGGAUUCGGUGUUCUGGGAGGGAGGAAGAAAGCCUACCAGGACUAUGAGGUGAUGGUGGGUAGUGGUGGUCAUGGUGGGCGCUGGUGGUGUGGGGGGGUGCUGGUGGUGGGUAGUGGUGGUGGUAGUGCUGGAGGUGGUGAUGGUGCUGGCCGUGGGUGGCCUCCUGCCCUUUCUUUCUCCUCCCCUACCCACCCCUUCCGCAGGAUUGGAGAAGAGGGAAGAAGGAGGAGGGAGAAGGGAAGAGGGAAGGAACGUUGCCAGGGCGACGGCUAGGCGGGAGAUCCCUGACUGGUCAUUACCUAGAGUAUUAGUGGUAGGGGAUAGCAGAUAAGGGGAGGUGAGCACUGCAGGGGGUAGGGGCAAGGGGCGGGGGCGUAGCUAGGGCACCGCCUGCGGACAUGAGAGAGGGCGAAGGGCAAGGGGAAGGGCCAUUGCUAGGGCAGCUCCUGGGAGCAGGGAGCCGGCCACGAAGGGGGCGGGGCCGUAACUAGGGCACUCAGAGGUCAGGAGGCUGGGCCGUGAUUCAGGAGGCGGGGCUGUCACUAGAAUAUCGUGGAGGUGGGGGGUGGGCCAUGGGGCAGGAGAUGGGGUAUGGGGGAAUAAAGAAGUUAGUUUUAGGGCACUGCCUUGGGUUGGGGUUUUUAGGGCUUUUCCACUGAGUGAGGCCGAUACUAGGAUGUUGCCAUGGGGAACGGGGGAAGGAGCCAUUAUCGGGGGGGAGAAAUGAGGAGGCAGGGAGUGGGGCCGUCUCUAGGACACCUCCUUGGAGGGUCAGGGAAUGGGGGUUGUUAACCGGCGAGUCACGGGAGUAGGGGCGGAGUUUUUACUAGGACUUCGCUAAUUUUAGGCCAUCUUGGAGGGGAGGGCUAGGACCCAGGAAAGUUAAUUGAGCAGAAGGCGGGACUAUUACUAGGGGACCAGAUUGUUUCAGGGGCGUCGCCAUGGGAGGGCAAGGGACUGGGCAGGUAACCCGAACCCCACCAAGAGACAGAGCAUAGACAUUACCGGGCAUUUCCAGGAUGGAGGAAAGGGGCGGGGUCGUUACCAGCGCGUCGUCACGGGGGGAGGGGGCGGGGCCGAUAAGGGGAACUGGAACGGGGAGGGGGAUAGGGGCGGGGUCAUUACGGGUGCCGCCAUGACGGGGAAGUGGGGCGGAGCCAGACCGUUACUAAGGGGUCGCCAUGGGGGGGAAGGGUGGGGCCGUUACUAGGGUGCCGCAGCAGGAGGAUAAGGGGUAGGAUAGUUCUCAGAGUGUCACCGCUGUUAGCGAAAGUCGCUCCCAGUUCUCUGACGGAGAGAAGGGGUUAGGGUGCGGAUAUUGUUGCUGGGGUUCUUUAGGGGAAGAUGUGGGAUCCUUGGCAAGGUCCGUAGAAGCCCUUUCCAAGGUUUCUCUUUGCGAGUAUGAGCGAGACCAUUUCUUCGGGCUUCCUUUAGAGGCCAGGGCUAGAUCUUGAUCCGAGAGUAGUCCUGAAGAGGGGAGAGUCUGAUCAGCUUGUUGCUAUAGAGAAAGAGCAAGUAGAGACAGCAAUUUUGGGGAAACGGAGAGCAGAGUAUUGUCUAGGAAGCUUCUAGGAAGGGAGAGUAGUGGAAGUGCAAGAGGGGCGUGGCCGUAUUUGUUGCUAUGGCGCCGCGUAGGCUUGGUUGGGAGGGGAAACGAAGAGCACGUAGUCUUCGUAGGUUGGGGCUUUCCUAGACGCCUAUCGUUAUGUCAUCAAACGCGCGCCCUUUGUCGCAGGACUUAAACAUCAUCGCGGGGCGGGGGCUGUGAAGGGAGCGGGAGGGGGGCGGUGCCGCUGAGAAGUACGUCACGUGUCUCGGUUGCCUACGCGCCGCUGGGCCGUGGGAAGAUGGCGGACGGGAAGGGAGACGCCGCUGCCUCUGGAGCCCCGGCCGGGGCCGGGUCGGGAGCCGGGGCCCGCAGCCGCCGCCCGGCAUCGCCCGCGUUGGGGCCUCCGGGCCUCUGGUCGCGCCUGUGGCAGCUGGAGACUGAGCUUCGCGAGCAGGAAGUGUCGGAGGGCUCGUCGCGCGUCUACUGCCGGAGCUUCUGCCAGACAUUGCUGCAGUAUGCUGGCAAUAGGAAUACAUCAGAACACAUGGCAUGCCUUCUGGAAGUAUAUCGACUCUCAAUACAGAGCUUUGCCAGUGCUCGGCCAUAUUUAACUACUGAAUGUGAAGAUGUUCUCCUUGUUUUGGGCAGAUUAGUACUGAGUUGUUUUGAGCUUUUGCUUUCUGUGCCUGAAACUGAACUACCAUGUGAUGUAUGGGUACCUUUUAAUCAGUCCAUACAGGACUCACAUGACGCUUUGUUGGAAUUUGGAAAUAAUAACCUCCAAGUUUUGGUUGAUAUAACCAAAGAAGGUGUGUGGAAAAAUCCAAUCCUUCUUAAAAUACUGUCUCAGCAACCAGUAGAGCCAGAAGAAGCCAAUAGAUUUAUAGCACGAGAAGGACCUUCCUUUCUGCAGAUGCGAAUAAAACAUUUAUUGAAGUCAAACUGUAUCACACAAGCUACUUCUUUGUCAAAAUUAUGUGCGGAAUCUAAAGAAAUUCCUAAUGUAUCAUCUUUUCGGCAAGCUUAUAUCACAUGUUUGUGCUCCAUGUUACCUAAUGAAGACGCCAUUAAGGAGAUUGCAAAAUUGGACUGCAAGGAAGUGCUAGACAUCAUAUGUAAUCUGGAAUCUGAGGGUCAGGAUCACACAGCCUUUAUUCUCUGUACGACUUACCUAACGCAGCAGCUGCAAACUGCAAGUGUGUGUUAUUCUUGGGAGCUGACUCUUUUUUGGAGUAAAUUGCAAAGAAGAAUUGAUUCUUCUUUAGAUAUCUUUUUGGAGCGUUGUCGACAGUUUGGUGUUAUUGCUAAAACCCAGCAACAUCUCUUCUGCCUGAUUAGAGUUGUACAAACAGAAGCAGAAGAUGCUGGUGUGGCAGUGUCCAUUUUAUUAUGUGUGAGAGCCCUUCAAAUUCGAUCAAGUGAAGAUGAUGAAAUGAAAACAUCAGUGUGUAAAACAAUUGGUUGUCUUUUACCAGAAGAUCUUGAAGUUAGAAGAGCCUGUCAGCUUACUGAAUUUUUGUUAGAGCCCAGCUGGGCUGGAUUUAACCUGUUAGAAGAACUAUACCUGCAACCAGAUCAGAAGUUUGAUGAGGAAAAUGCUCCGGUUCCCAACUCUCUCCGAUGUGAGCUUUUGUUAGCUUUAAAAGCACAUUGGCCUUUUGAUCCUGAAUUUUGGGACUGGAAAACCUUAAAACGACAUUGUCACCAACUCCUAGGUCAAGAAGCUUCUGAUUCAGAUGAUGACCUCAGUGGCUAUGAGAUGUCAAUUAAUGAGACAGAUGUUUUGGAGUCUUUCCUCAGUGACUAUGAAGAGAACAAAGAUGAUAAACAUUCCAAAAGAAGAGAUUCAACAGAUCAGCAGAAGGAGAAAAGAGACAAAAAACCAAUUGGUUCUUCUGAAAGAUAUCAGAGGUGGCUCCAGUAUAAGUUCUUCUGUGUCCUCUGCAAAAGAGAAUGUAUAGAAGCUAGGAUACUCCAUCAUUCCAAGAUGCACAUGGAAGAUGGAAUUUAUACUUGCCCUGUCUGUAUAAAAAAAUUCAAAAAAAAGGAAUUUUUUGUACCUCAUGUAAUGGAACAUGUGAAAAUGCCACCAAGCAGAAGAGACAGACCCAGAAAGAAAUUAUUGAUGAAGAGAGAGCGUUCCCAAAAGGGUAAUGGCUCCAGGAGUCCUUCUGGAGCAUCUGAUCAAAAUCAGUCAUCCAAUGAGCAGGGAGACUCUCAAGAGUAUGUUACCUUCAGCAAACUAGAGGAUUGCCACUUGCAAGAUAGAGAUUUAUACCCUUGCCCUGGGACAGACUGCUCCCGAGUAUUUAAGCAAUUUAAGUACCUAAGUGUGCAUCUCAAAGCUGAACACCAAAACAAUGAUGAAAAUGCCAAGCAUUACUUGGACAUGAAGAACCGGAGAGAGAAAUGUUCUUAUUGUCGGCGACAUUUCAUGACAGCUUUUCAUCUGCGGGAACAUGAGCGAGUUCACUGUGGACCUCAGCCUUAUAUGUGUGUGUCUAUAGACUGCUAUGCGACAUUUGGGUCAGUGAAUGAGCUACUUAACCACAAACAAAAACAUGAGGAUCUUCGAUACAAAUGUGAAUUAAAUGGCUGCAGUAUUGUUUUCAGUGAUUUGGGACAGCUUUAUCACCAUGAAGCUCAGCAUUUUCGGGAUGCAUCCUACACAUGCAACGUUAUUGGUUGCAAAAAAUUCUACUAUUCUAAAACUGAAUUUCAGAAACACCUUUCCAUGCAUAAUGGUGACAUGUCAAAUGGAGAUAUUAAGACAACAGUAAAGCUUGAAUCUGCAGCAAAUGAAAAGAACAGUUGUCAAGAUCAACCUCAUUUACUUGACCCAACUGAGAAAUCGCAUCUACCUGAGGAUCUGCUUUUCUCUGUGGAGGCAACUAGUUCCCAGUUAGCUCCAGAUAUUGAGGAAGCAGGCUCUGAUAACCUAAAAGACAACAGUGACAGCAAUUCCAGUGAUCAAUUAAGUCACAGCUCAUCUGCCUCAAUGAAUGAAGAACUCAUUGAUACACUGGACUCUCCUGAGACCAUGCCAGAUAUUUUACUAUCCUCUCAUGAUAAAGUCUUUGACCCUUCCAGUUUAAAAGAGAAAUGUUCCAAUGUGGCAGUUUGUUUUGAUGGGAAAAAGUUUACCUGUGGUUUUGAAGGCUGUGGUUCCACAUACAAAAAUGCUAGGGGUAUGCAGAAACAUCUCCGAACGGUUCAUCCUUGCCAUUUCAAGCAUAAAAAACCAUUAGGAAUAAAAGAUAAAGAGAUGUUUCCAUUUUUGGAUAGUGAACACAGUCAAACAAAUGAAAACUUUAAUGCUGAGCCUAAGCCUGGUUCAGAUACAAACAGUGACUCCCCAGAUGAAGGCCUAGAUCACAAUAUUCAUACUAAAUGUAAAAGUGAUCUUCAAAGUUGUCACCAUUCUCCCGAAGCCCCCAUUUGUUCUUCCAGAGUUCCGUGUACUGAGGAUGCCAUGUUGGAGCUUCUGUUACGCUUGAAACACUUAAGCUUGAAAAACUCAAUAACACACACAUCCUUCUCAGGGUCACUGCCAGUGUAUCCAUCCAAUGGUGCUAAGUCCCUUCAGUCAGUUUCAUCAAACUCUAUAUCAGACCUUCACUUUCAGAACCAAGAAGAAAAUUUGUCAAGUCAAUAUCUUGCACAAUUGGCAGCCAAACCAUUUUUCUGUGAACUUCAAGGCUGCAAAUAUGAAUUUGUGACCAGAGAGGCUUUGUUGAUGCAUUAUGUCAAAAAACAUAAUUAUUCCAGAGACAAAGUCCUACAGUUAUCCAUGUUUCAGCACCGAUACUCCCCUUUCCAGUGUCAUAUUUGCCAAAGGUCAUUUACCAGGAAAACCCACCUUCGAAUUCAUUAUAAAAAUAAGCAUCAGAUUAGCAAUGAAAAAGUCACUCACAAAUUAUUUGAUAAUGGAAAAUGUGAUCAUGUAAGCCCCUGCACAGGGGAUCACUUGAAAGGUAAUGUCUUGGGUGGUUGCUCUGCUUCUACUUUUUGUGGAAGUGCAGAUCUUGGAGAUGAUCAGACGAAUAACUCUGAGAAGCAAAUCCGACAUCCUAAAAAGGAAGAGUGUAGUUCUGAAACUGAUUUGGAAUCUUCCUGUGAGGAAAUUGAUAAUAAUAUGACAGGAAAAUCAUCUAGCAUUUCAUCACCAAUAGAUAGCCACAGGGAAGAAUUAGAAGCAAGAGAGGGAAGAGGGAGUAGAAGAACUGUUGCCAAAGGAAAUCUGUGCUAUAUUUUGAACAAGUACCACAAACCAUUCCAUUGUAUUCAUAAAAGUUGCAAUUCUUCAUUCACAAACCUAAAGGGCUUGAUUCGACAUUACCGAACAGUGCAUCAAUAUAACAGGGAGCAGUUGUGUUUGGAAAAAGACAAAGCACGAACAAAAAGGGAAUUAGUCAAAUGUAAAAAAAUAUUUGCUUGCAAAUAUAAAGAGUGUAAUAAGCGUUUCUUAUGCUCCAAAGCACUGGCUAAACACUGUAGUGAUUCCCAUAACUUAGACCCUAUUGAAGAGCAGAAAGUCCUUUCUGAGUCUGAUUCUGCUGCCAGGUUUCCCUGUAGCCAACCACAGUGCCCAGCGGUCUUCUACACGCUUAACAAGUUGAAGCACCACUUGACAGAACAGCACGGAAUUGAAGGAGAGAUAAACUCAGACUUUGAAAUUCAUUGUGACCUUAAUGGCUGUGAUAGAAUCUUCACACAUCGAAGUAACUACUCUCAACAUGUGUAUUAUCGACACAAGGACUAUUAUGAUGACCUCUUUGGGAAUCCAAAAGUGGAAAAUGAGAAUGUACUGAGAAGUGAAGGUGAGAAAGGUUAUGGAACUACCCGCUCUCACAGUGAAACAAGUCAGAAUAAUAAGAAAGCAUUAAAUACUAAAACUAGAAAAUGUGGUGGGCUGAUUAAAGACAAAAAGCUUCCAAUAAUUUUUAAAACAAAAGAGGAAGCCCUAAAUAUGUGUGCAGAGCAGUCUGAACACACUCAAUACCCCUGCAUGAUUCAAGGCUGUGCAUCUGUUGUCAAAUUGGAAAGUAGUAUAUUAAGACAUUACAAACGUACACACCAGAUGAGCAGUGCUUAUUUAGAGCAACAAAUGGAAAUGCUAGUAGUUUGUGUUAAGUAUGGUACCAAAAUUAAAGAAGAACCACCCUCUGAGGUAGAGCCUUGUGUAAAGAAGGAAGAAACCAGAAACUGUGAACCAGGAAGCACAGCACAUACCCACCACACUGGUGAAAAUGAAGCAUCUCUCCAAAAAAGCAACAGUUCCCCUCAUCCAGAAAAUAAAGGAAAUGGUAGUCAGGAAGGGUGUGUAGAAAGCAAUUCUGUAUUUAAUACAGAUACCUUCCUAUAUAGAGAAACUUCAAAAUGUAACCAUAGUUCAGAAACCACUAACUUGGAAGAGUGUCAUGUUACUGAGCCCUCUUCCUGUAAAAUUGAAAAGUCUACACCUAAGAACACUGAUGGAACUGAGAGCAGAUCCCAUUUAACAAAUUUCCAGUUGCCUUUACCAAGAAAAAGGGUACCAGAAACUGGGCACCAUACCUCUAGACUGGAAAAUAAUGUGGUAAAAACUCCAAUUCAUGUUCCAAAAGAUACAUUUCGGAAACAUUCACAGGCCAGAUCAUUUGAUUUGAAGACUUAUAAACCCAUGGGCUUUGAAUCUUCAUUUUUAAAAUUCAUUCAGGAAAGUAAGGAAAAAGAGGAUGAUUUUGAUGAUUGGGAGCCAUCGGAGCACUUAACAGUAAAUGAAGUUCCACGGCCCAGUGAUGACUUAGCAGGGAAUGCAACUGUGGAUGGUAUAGUGAAUGAAAAAAGCCCUAAAGUUGAUAUACCUCUUCCUUCCAAUGAUUCUGCAAUUCAUGAUAACAUGACUGCAAUCCAGCCUAUCAUUGUAGCAGAAUCAUCAACUGUCCCUUCCCUUGAAAAUCUGAGGGUCAUAUUAGAUAAGGCACUAACAGACUGUGGAGAGCUUGCCUUAAAACAACUACAUUAUCUGCGGCCGGUGGUCGUCCUGGAAAGAUCUAAAUUUUCCACAUCUCUUUUAGACUUGUUUCCAACAAAAAAAACAGAUGAGCUUUGUGUAGUAGGGAGUUCCUAAGUAGCAGUUUUGUUUUAGAGAACAGACUGGCUUCAGUACUGCAGCAUGGGGACAAUUGCCAAUUCGAACAAAGGCUGAGCAGCAGCCACACUAUUGUUUAGGGUAGGGUAGGCUGUGCAUUUUCAUGAAUGUAUAAUAUCUUUGUCAACAGUAUUGGCAGCGUUCAUUAGCUCCCCAGUUGGUUUGUUUAUUGGUUGGGUUUUUUUGUUUUGUUUUGUUUUAUUAAGAAAAUGGAACUGUGCUCUGUUUGGUGCUAAUUAAUACAUCAAAUAUACUGGGGCUUCCUUUUUCAAAUUAAGUGUGCAUGAUUGUAUAUGGAACAGAUACUGAGGCCCAGGGUGGGAGGGCAGGGGGGAGGGAGGCAGACAGAGUUCUUACUUGACUUGAAUGUGCACCUAAGGGUGCUUUGUGUAAUAUAUUGUACACUACAGCAUCUUAUAUUUUUUGAGUUGAGUUUCAAUAAAUUACAAUUUUUCACCCA